AGCCGCUUUCGCAAACUCCUUUCUCACCGAAGCUUUCUCCCCGCCCGCCGCCGAGCAAGCGCCGCGGCUGGGCCCCCUUCCCUCCCUCCCUUCCUCCCUCCCGCCCCCUCCCCGGACCGCAGACCCCGAGCCCAGGGUGAGGCUCCCCGGCCCCCUCCCCGGCAUCAUGCAUCGGACCACACGCAUCAAAAUCACGGAGCUGAACCCUCACCUCAUGUGUGCCCUCUGCGGGGGCUACUUCAUCGACGCCACCACCAUCGUGGAGUGCCUGCAUUCCUUCUGCAAAACCUGCAUCGUGCGCUACCUGGAGACCAACAAGUACUGCCCCAUGUGUGACGUGCAGGUCCACAAAACCCGGCCGCUGCUGAGCAUCAGAUCUGACAAGACCCUCCAAGACAUCGUCUACAAACUGGUCCCGGGGCUUUUUAAAGAUGAGAUGAAGCGGCGGCGGGAUUUCUAUGCGGCCUACCCCCUGACGGAAGUCCCCAACGGCUCCAACGAGGACCGCGGGGAGGUCCUGGAGCAGGAGAAGGGGGCUCUGAGCGAUGAUGAGAUUGUCAGCCUCUCCAUCGAGUUCUACGAAGCUGUCAGGGACCGGGAGGAGAAGAAGGGCCCCUUGGAGAAUGGAGACGGGGACAAGGAGAAGACAGGGGUGCGCUUCCUGCGGUGCCCAGCAGCCAUGACCGUCAUGCAUCUCGCCAAGUUUCUCCGCAAUAAGAUGGACGUGCCCAGCAAGUACAAGGUGGAAGUCCUGUACGAGGACGAGCCGCUGAAGGAGUACUACACCCUCAUGGACAUCGCCUACAUCUACCCCUGGCGGCGGAACGGCCCUCUCCCCCUCAAGUACCGGGUCCAGCCAGCCUGCAAGCGGCUCACCUUGCCUACGGCGCCCACCCCCUCCGAGGGCACCAACACCAGUGGGGCAUCAGAGUGUGAGUCAGUCAGCGACAAGGCUCCCAGCCCUGCCACCCUGCCGGCCACCUCCUCCUCCCUGCCCAGCCCGGCUACCCCCUCCCAUGGCUCUCCCAGCUCCCAUGGGCCCCCAGCCACCCAUCCUACCUCCCCCACUCCCCCUUCAGCGGCCAGUGGGGUCAGCACAGCUACCAACGGGGGCGCCUCGAACUGCCUGCAGGCACCGUCCUCCACCAGCAGGGGGCGCAAGAUGACUGUCAAUGGAGCUCCCGUGGCCCCCUUAAUUUGAGGAAAGGGACCUUUCCCUCCUUUUCCAGCCGCGCCUCUCCACCCCUCCACUUUUUCUGGGCUUCUGUUUCCACCUCUUCUCCUUUCCCCCAGCUCCUCACACCUUAGGGGUGGGGGGUGGGUUUUAUAAAUAAAUCUCUCUUAUAUAUAUAUAUAUAUAUACAUAUGUACAUAGGAAAAACCAAAUAUACAUAUUUUCUAUGGACCAACCAGAUUAAUUUAAAUGCCACAGGAAACAAACUUUAUGUGUGUGUGUAUGUGUAGGGGACGGGGGUUCAUUUCGAAGGGGUCUUGUGUAAUUUGCUCUAUUCUGUUCUUGGGGGUGCCUGAGAGUGGACUGGAGGGGCUGCUGGAGGCUCAGUAACGCUUUGCCCCAUCCUCCUCCUGUUUCCCAAGGCAGAGGGGGUGUUACAGGGCCCCCCAGCCCCCAAAGCUUUAGGCACAACUCUGACUGGCUGUGUGUGGGUCCGUCCUCUCUCUCCCUCUCCUCCCCCAUCUUGGCUGCUGUCCUGCCCCAACCCAGCCAGCCCCCCAGCCCCUGGUGUGGAAUGCGCAGAGACUUGCUAAGACAGUGCCUUUUCCCAAUGCAGUGUAUCCCCUGGUUUUGGGGAGCGAGUGGGCGGUGGAGAUGGUAUCGGCCUCACCUCUUCCUCUGGCAGUGGAAACUCUGUGCCAAGCAUAGAUAGUUCUGCCCUUCCGUUUGUCUUUUUCCCCCUGUGUGUGUGGCCUUCGCAUCGUUUUCCGUGGGGAAGAGAAGAUUCAGGCCACGGGAGGCCUCCGCCCUUGAAGUCCCACUGUGGCUCCGGCAUUGUGAACCCCUUCACCCCCCGGGCCCCGAGCCCGCCCAGGAGCCCCCAUCAGCAAGCCUGGGGACCCGGAGUGGAGAGGUGGAGUGGGGUUAACUUCAGACAAGCACAGACCCCAGGUUUUGCUCAAGGCAAACAGCCCUCCAGUCCUCGCCCCACCCCCGGCGGAGGCCCAGGCAGGAAAGGGCCUCGGGGGCACCUGAAAGCACAAGACAGACUCCCGUAAGCUCUGUCCGAACUCCAUCCCAAGGGGUCAGUGGGCCACCCCCGAGGGGCAGGCCCCAUAGCUCCCUGCCUACCGUUUUCUUCCAGUGUACAUAGGUCAGAUCGGGGUACCCUGUCACAACCGAGGUGUCCGGGGUUGGGUCCCCCCAGCGGGUUUGUCUGUGUUUGCACCUUGUCUGUUGUCUGAGGUGCCAUGGCUGUACCUCCUCCUGCCCUGGGACAUUUGCAUCUCCUGGCUUUGUAAUAAAUGCUGCAUAUUCUCCA